AUGGGACGUAUGAAUGUAUCUGUGAUCCGAUAUUUGGAAUCGCAAGACUUUCGAGUUCUUAUUGCGAUUGAAAUGGGAAUGAGAAAUCAUGAAUUGGUACCUUUGCAGCUGAUUGCAGCAACAGCUAAAAUUAAUCGUGGUGCUGUUACACGUAUUUUGGUAGAUUUAGCGAAACAUAGUGCUGUUGCACAUGAGCGAGGGAAAUCCUAUGAUGGAUAUCGUUUGACGACACUUGGCUAUGAUAUUCUUGCUUUGAAAACUUUAUCUAAUCGCGAAGUGAUAGGAAGUGUAGGUAAUCAAAUUGGCGUUGGUAAGGAGUCUGAUAUCUAUCUUGCUGGUGACUCAGAUCACAAUGUUAUGUUGAAAUUUCACAGACUGGGAAGGACAUCGUUUCGAAAGCUUAAAGAGAAAAGAGAUUAUCACAAAAAACGCAAGUCUUGUUCGUGGCUUUAUCUUUCUAGCUUAGCUGCUGCAAAGGAGUUUGCUUAUUUAAAAGCCUUGUAUGCUCAUGAUUUUCCUCUUCCGAGGCCUAUUGAUAGAUGUCGCCAUUUGGUUGUUAUGGAUUUGAUUGUAGGAACAACUCUUUGUCACGUGCAGCAUGUUAGCGAUGCAGAAGAACUUUAUGAAAAGUUGAUGGCAAUUAUCGUACGUCUAGCUCGAUAUGGGCUUAUACAUGGUGAUUUCAAUGAAUUUAACAUUAUGUUAAUUAAGGUAACAAUUUGGGGAAGAACCAAUUUUGAUCGAUCUACCCAUGGAUCAUAUAAAUGCAAAAAUGUAUUUCGAAAGAGAUGUGAAUUGUUUAAUUAUGAAAGUGAACUGUACCCAAAGUUUGAAGAAAUGAAAAGAAAGCAUAAUUUGGAUGUUGAAGUAAGAGCCAGUGGAUUCACUUCUCGAAUGGCGAAGGAUUUCAUAAGGGUGAAUAUUUCUGCAGAAGCAAAACUGAAAGAUAAAGUACCGUUACGAGUGAAAGGAAAAGCUAGUGCAGCAGUUCGACAGAAGAAAACAAAUGCAGAUAUUAUUAAAGAAUUUGCAAUAUGGGAUUUCUAA